UGACCUUUCUAUUAUUUUCAGAUUCCGAAAAGAUGAGAGCUCAUAGUGGCUCCCCGUUUGAUUGCAGUAUUUGCUGAGGUCCAGUUACACUUUCAGAUGAUACAGUCGUUCCGUGCUCCAGGGUGACAUCUCGCACUCUAGUCAAGUUUAUAAACAAAUAUUGAAGGAGACGGGCCAGGUGAUUGGAGCAAAUGGAUGGGAGAUCUAGCGACGAUACAGUGGUAGUUGUUGUGCACGCCUCGAAUGAGGAGAUUAGAUGCAAAGUAGUAAGUCACGGAAAUAAGGUACUCCUAAUCGAGUGUGACGAGAACCCUCCUCUCAAUGGUAAUAGUAGAAGUUUGGAAAGAAAUUAUAGUUGUCCCCACUGCAGUGUUCAGUGCGAAGAUGAAAAUGACUUAUCGAAUCACAUUUUAACAAAUCAUGAUUUCGGUAUAUAUCUAAAUGAUGGACAUGCAAGCAACGCAAACUACAUAGUGGAAGUAGUCAAAAACCUAGAUGACAUCGAAAACGACGAAACUGAAAGCAACAUAAGUGGCAAUGUAGUCGAAAGCUACAAAUGCAAUCAAUGUGAUAAAGAGUACCAAACCGCGGAAGAACUAGACCUGCACAAUCAACUCCAUAAGCCAUAUUUGUGCGAGGAAUGUUCACAAUCUUUUGCAACAAUUUCCAACUUGAGCGAGCACAUAAUGUCUGAACAUGAUGAAAACUACAAAGAUUCCUUUACGAAAUGUAAAAUUUGUUCAUUUGUUGCAAUCAACAGGAGAACAUUGCUGCAACAUAUGAUAGUGCAUCUCUCUAUAGCGAAACUGCCCUGCAAAAUAUGCCCCGAAAUUGCUCCCGAUAAAGAUUCUUUGUGGGAACACUUUCGCAUAAAACAUGCUGAACUUGAACCUGUCGAAACGGUUGAAGUUCAACAAUGUUUGACUUGCGAGGCUACCUUUUUUGAGGAGGAAAAGUUCAUGGAACAUUUGAAACAAUAUAGAUCGGAAGCUCCGUAUAAAUGUAAAUACUGCCGCAGUAAAUUUUAUGAAAUAAAAGAGGUCGAGACUCAUCUCAAUGAACGGCAUUCAGAUAAAACCAACCACGCCAAAAUGUGUAAAUUUUGUACGAGGCUAAUUCCACUUAGUAGCUUCAAUAAGCACCUGCAACUGCAUCUGGAUGUGUACUUUUGUGACCUUUGUCAACGGACCUUUACAUCGGUUGAUAUUCUGACCCAGCAUCGUCUCAACUAUCAUCAACAAGCCCAGAAUGUCUAUUUUAUAGAUGAGCUGAGAAAAAAAGAUAAAAAAUAUGUGGAAGAGGUUCUUCAUGCAUUCGAGGCUCACGAAAAGUGGGAGAGUGCUUAAGUAAGAUUCCAGUUGUUAGUAAAUUCGGAAGACAUAACAGAGAACUAGCCGUUCUGGAUAAUUAUCUGGUUCAACCCCAGAUAAUUUCGACUCCUGUUGGACUUUAUAAUUUCAGAAACUGUUAAACAAUAAAAAUUCUCUUGAGGACAUCACAAUUGAGCAAAAUGACAAAGCAAUUCCUCUAGAACUACUAAUGGAUUUAGCUUGAAAAAGAUAUUACCGUCUCCAAAGCAAAAUCUCCCGAACAGCAAGUCUUCCCUUAAGCAAGAGUACAAUGAGCUAGAGAAAUUUGACGGGACCAGAAUCAAAAUAUCUUUUAUUUUGUGUAAUAUUAUUUCUAAUGCUAGAAAAUGUUUAUUUAAAAUUUGUGAUAAAAGCAAUGUUGCUGUUCAAUUUUUAUAUCAUUGAUUUUAGUGCGUCAUAUUCAUUAAGCAGUAAUUUGGUAUCAUUUCCACAAAUCGUGUUAGUAUGUAGUUUUUACGCUCGUCUCUGUUUACUUAGUUUUAUCUAGAUUUCCUAAUUUACUACUCACAAAUUUUUGUGUUACGAUAUGAACAAUUUUAAAUUUUUUGCCUUAAUAAAUUCAAAUGCGUCCUUGCAACUA